UAAUAAAAACCCAAGCAAUAUUUACUAAGAUGUAAAAUAUAUUCCAAGAAAUUCCAAAAUAACCCAACAAAGUGAUAAGUUUGCGAUUCUGAGUGAAUGUUUCAUACAAAUGACUUCUGUCAGACUUGAAUCUUUGCCUCAUUUAAAUAUUUAUUGAGGACCUCCCCCAACCCCGUUCAAAUAGCGUAUUAUGUGUGGAAAAUGAGACAAGUGAAACGCGCAUUGCCAGGUCAGUGUCAGGCGGCACUCAUCAUCAGCCUCCUCCUCGGCGCCGCAUUAAUAAUUCAAAGCGAGCAGCUCGGCGAGGCGAAAGCUCAGCGGGGACACGAACCCGAGGUGAAUUUUCACGAGGGGGAUAACGGAAGCGGAAAUGAAACUAUUUACAGCAAUCGCAAGCCACGCAGCGUCUUCCAUGUUCGCUGGAAUCCCAACGAGAAGUUCAUUGUGGAGAGCCGCGAGAAUCCAGCCAUAAACUCCUCCAAGUUGGCCCCGCAUCCACGGCUGAAGGUCUCCAAGAACACCAAGCUCACGCUGAGCCCAAAGCUGUACCUCUGCCAUGACAAGAACUCGGAGCUGUGCCACAACAAGACCCAGCAGUUCCGGCAGCGCAUUGUGCAGACCUUCGAGAAGGCCAUGAUUGAGUCGGUCAACGAGUCGCAGGCGAAUCACUAUAAUGUGGACUACAAGCCGGUGUUUGGGGACAGCUUCGAAGAGCAGUACUAUCCCUCUACAUGUCUGGUAAUGGAGGCGGGCGUGAGGGUCCUGCGCCGAAAGGAUCCUCCUUUUAAUAAGCUGCCCUUUGGGAGACUUUUUCCACGACAGAAACUCUUUCGCAAUAUCAAGGAUAUCAAGACCUGUGCUAUUGUGUCCAGUGCAGGAUCCCUGGCAGGUUCUAAACUGGGUCGAUUUAUAGACACGCACGACAUUGUGAUGAGAUUCAAUCACGCGCCAACGCAAGGACACGAGGUGGAUGUUGGCAGCAAAACCACAAUUCGUGUGGUGAAUUCCCAAGUGGUCACCAAGCCCGAGUUCGAUUUCACCCAUGCCCCCAUCUUCCGGAAUGUAACAAUCGCCGCCUGGGAUCCGGGCAAGUACAAUGGCACCCUGGAGGAUUGGCUGACCAGUGCGGACUACGAUCUGUUUACCAAUUAUGAGAUAUAUAGGCGUCGCUAUCCCAAGUCGCGGGCCUUUCUCAUUGAUCCGCAUUCCGUGUGGCGACUCUGGCAGAGUUUGCAAAUGUUUGCCGGAAAUCGACCAAUCAGCCGGAAUCCUCCCAGUUCCGGGUUUAUAGGAUUGGCUUUACUACUGCCCCACUGUCCGCAGGUGGACUUCGUGGAGUAUGUUCCGUCCACACGGCUCAAUGGACGCUGUCACUACUACAGCAAAGAGAUGAACUCCGCCUGCACCUUCGGCUCCUGGCAUCCCCUGGCCGCCGAGAAGCUGAUGGCUUUGGACAUGAAUAUGGCGGAGGACGAUGACAUGUCAGUGUUUCAGUUUGGCAUUCUGAGGAUUCGCCGGCCGGACAAGCUGCUCUGCGGCUUCAACUUCUUUGGCUACUGAGGUGGAGGAGUCAAAGGCAGAGGAGUCAAACGCAGAGGAAGUACUUCGCGGACGGAAGUGACAAUCCAGGUGCAUUUAAUCAAGCGGUUUUCAUCGAGUGCAAUAAACAAUUCAGCUUUGCAAUGAAUAUAAACUGAAGUGUUUGCCCCGGGGGCUACUCUGCGGAUGAGGAGGCAGUCCCAGUCUCCCAAGUGGCCU